AAAAACUAAUAAUGGACAUGCCGGAAGUCAACAUUGAGCAUUUCCAAAAAUGGAAGCUUUCAAAAGCCAUUAUUAUCGAAACCGACAUGAGUGAGCAAGUUCAAAUGGAGGCCAAGGAAUGAGUCACCACAGGCAUUGACAAAGCCUCUGGUUCCAAAGGCCUUAACAUUGAAAAAGCUUGCAAAUUCAUCAAAGAACUAAUGGACAGACAAUUUGGAACUUAUUGGCAUUGAAUCAUUGGAGAAGGGUUCUCAUUUGAGAUCGAAAGACAGGCUAAAGCUACUUUAUACAUGUACUACGCAGGGAAAUUUGCUAUAUUGUUGUAUAAGUGUUAAUACAUUU